AUGUGCACAUGACAGUCAGUCUGGCACUCGUUCUGUUGCCACAACUCCACAGACGAACUCACCACUGAAACAUACAAACAACUGCGUGUAGACAGCGUAUACUCAACCAUAUGCUCGUCAAAACCCCCAUCGACAUGAUUAUUCGGUCUCCAUCUACUCAACUCUCCCAAUUCCACAUGUCUCACCGACCCACUUCCAUGCUCCCACGAAUACUCACCACACUGAAACAAUUCAUUCACACGGACAAAUCAAACACACACACACUCGCAUCCAUUCAACACGUCAACAACCAACCAACAAACCAUCCAAUCAAACAACAAACCAAACACCACACAACACAACACUACACUACAUCACAUAACACAAUGCAACACAACACCAAACCACGUCGCAUCACACCACAUUACAUCACAACACAGCAUAACACAUCACCCAAUGUGCAUCGCGACCAUCAAUCGAGGCAUGAGUGUUUCACUGCAUUGUCACACACCACUCAAUUCACUGAUUCACGAGAUCAAUCCAACAACACACCUCCACCUCUCUGACCAGACCAUCACGAUGAUGAUGAUGACGAAGACGACGAGUGAAUGCCUCUUGUAAAUAGCACGAUCAACAACUUCUAGGAUGUUGUCACAUCGAGUCAGUUUGGGUAUUUUAAUAAUACUAGU